AUGUCGGGGCUGAAGCCGUGGAGCGCCGCUCUCCUCCUGGCCCUGCUCUUCCGCCUGGCGCAGCCGCUGGAAGGCGCCAGGGAAGCGCUGGAGCCACAGGCGGCCGCCGCCGCCUCCUCCUCCGGGGCCCCUUCCCUGCCGCUCAUCCGAACGCUGCUGAGCCAGGCGCCCCCCAGAUCUUGGCUCCCCGGGCGAAGCCGGAGGCGAGUCAGCGGGCAGCCGCUGCGCUACAUGCGGAACCUCUACCGGAGCGUGGCGGAUCGGCACGGCCAGCCUCGCCGGGACGAGCGGCUCUCCAGCAACACGAUCCGCCUGGUUCGGCCCUCGGCGAAGGCCCGCCAGGUUGGGGCAGGCCCCUGGUUCAUCUGGGCCCUUGACUAUCGCCUGGAAGUACAAGCGCCAGCCCAGCGCCUGGUCAGAGCCGUUGCUGUCUACGCUCAACGUCCAUCCUCGUCUCACGGCCCCCUCUGGUGCACAGCCACCCCGCUCCCUGGUGGAAGCGCCCCGCCGCAGGUGACGGUCAGCCCGGCUUUGCUGAAGAACUCCACCGCCACGCCUGCUGGGGACAGUUGGGUCGAGCUGGAUCUCUCCGCGCACCUCCAGCUGUGGUCCUGGGCUGCCCAGAACAGCCACCUGCUCCGCCUGCAUCACGCCUGCGCCUUCCUGGAAUGGGCCUGGGGCUCUCGCCGCGGGCCUGGUGGGCGAAGCCCCCCCUCCCUGGAGGAUCCUUUCUUGCUGCUCUACCUCAACGACACUUGGAAAUCCCUCCGGGCCCCCGGGCGAGGGGAGCUCCCCCAAAGCUCUGCCAUUGUCCACAGGAUACGCCGGGCUGAGAAACCGGACCCGGACCAGCCCCGCUACAGCCGCCGGCCCCCCAGCGCCAAGCAGAACGAGUGUGCCCUCUACCCCCUGCGUGUGACUUUCCGCCAGCUGGGCUGGGACCACUGGAUCAUCGCCCCCCACUCGUACCGGCCUCAGUACUGCAAGGGGACCUGCCCCCGGGUGCUGCGCUACGGGUACCACUCCCCCAACCAUGCCAUCGUCCAGAACCUGAUCAACGAGUUUGUGGACCCGAACAUCCCUCGCCCCUCCUGCGUGCCCUACGAGUACAGCCCCGUGGGCGUCCUGAUGAUUGAGCAGAAUAACAACAUCCUGUUCAAGGUGUACGAGGACAUGAUUGCCAAGUCGUGUACCUGCCGCUGAGCAGCCUCGUCUCGGGCAACAAAGCUGCCUCCUUCCCUGGGCCUCCUCCUCCUCUCGCUCCCACCCACUGCCUCACCGAGAGAGAAUCCAGAUUUUAAGGCAUUUGGCAACUUUUCACUUGGAUCCAAGGGCCCUUCUUUCCGAGGGGCACAGAGGACUAGCACCUUGGCUGGGCUGUUUUACAAAAGGAUUUUUAUGCACAGGUUGGCAAAUUCUCCUCCUCUUCCUUUUUUUUUAAACUCCUGGAAUGAUUUCACCUUGCCAGAGCUCGGUGGAGGAUAGGUGAAGGAAUCGCAGCUAGCACUCCCGGGAAGGGCUGCGGUGAAGCAGGCGGGCCCAUAGGAGGCAGGAGGCUGAGGCCCAAAGAGUCCUUCUGGUUUCCCUUGCCAGCGAUUGUCUCG